CACGACAUCCCCCAUUCUAACCGUCCCUCUGGCCGCUGCCGUCCCCGUCUCUCCCUCUCUCUCCGGCCAAAUCAAUCCACCCGCCGGCGGCGAGCACACAGAGGGGCAGGAGCCAACAGCCAAGACAGUCCACCACCACGCCAUGGCGCCGCCCCCGAGCGCCAGCAGCGCCCCCGACGGCGGCCUGGAUCCCAGGGACGUGUGCGUCGUCGGCGUCGCCCGCACCCCCAUCGGCGCCCUGCUCGGCUCCCUCUCCUCCCUCCCGGCCACCAAGCUCGGCUCCGUCGCCAUCCAGGGUGCGCUCCGGCGAGCCAGCGUCGACCCGGCGCUGGUGCAGGAGGUCUUCAUGGGCAACGUCCUCAGCGCCAACCUCGGCCAGGCCCCCGCCAGGCAGGCCGCGCUCGGCGCCGGCCUGCCCAACACCGUCCCCUGCACCACCGUCAACAAAGUCUGCUCCUCAGGGAUGAAGGCUGUCAUGCUUGCGGUGCAGUCGAUUCAGCUGGGGAUCAACGACGUCGUGGUGGCCGGCGGCAUGGAGAGCAUGUCCAACGCCCCCAAAUAUGCUGCAACGGCAAGACGAGGUUCGCGGUUUGGGCAUGACGUCCUGGUCGACGGGAUGCUCAAGGACGGGUUGUGGGAUGUGUACAAUGAUUUCCAUAUGGGGAUGUGCGCUGAGCUCUGUGCAGAUCAGCACUCCAUUACAAGGGAGGAGCAGGAUGCUUAUGCCGUCCAGAGCAACGAGCAUGGAAUAGCAGCUCGGGACAGCGGCGCGUUUGAUUGGGAAAUUAUUCCGGUUGAAAUUCCUUCUGGUAGAGGCAGGCCACCAGUUGUUGUUGACAAGGAUGAGAGUCUUGCAAAGUAUGAUCCAGUGAAGCUCAAGAAACUUGGACCGGCUUUUAAGAAGAAUGGCUCUGUAACUGCCGGCAAUUCUUCUAGUAUAAGCGACGGUGCUGCUGCAGUUGUGCUAGUCAGUGGGGAGAAAGCCAAGAGCCUUGGCCUUCAAGUUCUUGCAAGGAUCAGAGGGUACGCUGAUGCUGCUCAGGCACCUGAGCUAUUUACAACAACUCCAGCUCUUGCUAUCCCAAAGGCUAUAUCAAAUUCAGGUCUCCGAGACUCGCAAAUAGAUUAUUAUGAGAUAAAUGAGGCUUUCUCGGUUGUUGCAGUGGCGAAUCAGAGACUUCUUGGAAUCUCUCCUGGAAAACUGAAUAUAAGUGGCGGUGCUGUUUCUCUGGGCCAUCCUAUCGGUUGCAGUGGUGCACGAAUUAUAGUCACGCUGCUCGGGAUUCUUAGACAGAAACAUGGGAAGUUUGGGGUUGCCGGAGUUUGCAACGGCGGGGGCGGAGCUUCAGCCAUCGUUGUAGAGUCCAUGCAGCCUUCAUCGCGCCUGCGUUCGUCGCUGUGAUGUGAAGUUGUCAUCAUGAGCAAAGUAGCGAAAGCCCAGGUGUAAAGUAUGUUGUAUGUUUCUUCUUCUUUUGUAAUCUUGUGUGAAGUGUAGAGUGGGUCUGAUCCAUGCAUGGUGUAUCAAUUCAAAUACGACGCAUCGAUCGACCGAUCAAUCGUACAAUGUAAAAUAAGUUGACCUUGCACUAGUCGCGCAAGGUCUGAUCUUGUUUUACUGGAUAACAGAUGUGCAGAGGAAGGAAGGAAUGAUGCAAGGAAUGAAGGAAUAAAUCUUGUGAAAUA